AUGGCACCAGAGUAUUGUCCGGCCAUGGAGGAUGUAGAACACACGCUUUGGGAAUCGGCGACGUCUCGCAUUUACACCAUCGGCGAGCUUGACAUGGGAAACCCACGAGCGAGCCGUAAAUCUACAGAGCAGUGGGCAGGAUUGAAGGCGAUCAUCUGCAAGAAAUACAAAACUCAAACUCUUGAAGAGUUGAUCAAAUUCCUGAAUGAAGAGCAUCGCUUCGUCGUUACUAAGCGCCAGCUUGUCUAUCGACUGGGCAUCUGGAAAUGUGCAAAAUAUAAUCAAAGUCCCAAAGGCUCCUCCGAAGAGAUUGAAAAUGCCGACGACAACGAGAUAACCGACACUUUGGGUGCCAUAUCCCUCUUCGAAGGCGAAUCUUACGCGGACGAUGGAAUAACCCAUGACAUCCAAGCAGCGAACGCAAUCUUCGCAGCCGCCGGUGGUGUCUACGCUUGGGAGGCAUACAAUAAAGACUUUUUUGACAACAUGGAAGAUACAAACAGGCUUGUAGCUCUUUGUCGAUCGGCCGAGACUAUCGAACAGUGUCGAACAGCAUUGGCGCUCCUGGAGUCCCGGAUCUUGCAGCCCAGCGGUCAUCAGGUAGGAUUUUGGUGCUUACUCUAUGUACAUGUUUUGGAAAGCAUGAACGACGAGAUGAGGAGUGGCAACAACUUCUGUACAUUGGAAAAUCCCAUCAAAGAGAAGUUGUGCGCUGCUGUUCAGUCAACUCUCGCCGACUCUGGGGAAGGCUUCUUCCUCAAGGAAGACGGUUCUGUCGAUCUUUUUGCGUUUCAUCUUCUAGACACCGUGUGUGAGAAAUACCAUACGCUUCUCUCGGAGCCGGAAGAGGAAAAUCUCCAUAACAUGCUUGACAGCAUACAUGGCUGUGUUCUCUCGGCGUACGAUGGCGGGAUGAUGUCCAGGGCUCUGGCCACGCUGAAGCAGUGCGCGGAGUGGUGUCACCUGACGCUGGGCCAAGUCUCGAGCGACCUUGACCAGACGCGGCUACGUAUCUGCUCUGCUCACAACGAGAGCCAGAGAGACUGGAAGACGUACAUUGAAGUCUACGGAACGCUGUGGUACCGGCUGAUUAUGCAGCAGCUUACCGAGCAAGAAGCAGAACAAGUCGGCGGCGGCGGCGACGCGGGGGGGAUUGAAUGGUCGCGCAAUGCCCGGAGGGACCUGGGUAUCUCGCACGCGGAACUGCUGUCGUGCGUGUGCUGGGUCGUGGUGACCUUCGAAAGAAGCAGUGCCGCGGAUGUCCCGGGGGCGGCCACGACCGGGCAUGACGGACCGGGGCUCGAUGAUGAUCAUGAUGAUGAUUCUCCCGAGAGCUUGUUCAGACGGGUACAGAUCCCGGCCUCCAGGGUGUUGCACGCCAGACCGAGCGUGUUGUGGGGCAUGUUCCUGCGUGCUUUCAAAGAGUUCAACGACCUUACGAUCACGGACGGGGGAGACGGUGCCGACGCUUCGAUGACAGCAGAAUAUGGGCUUUUCAGAGAUGAGGUCAUGGGCGAGUUUGAGAGGUUUGUGAGGGAUGCUCUGAAGGAGUUUGAGAGGUUUGCGAGCGGGGGAUGA